AUGGGGUCACGUGUGAAUGGAAGCAGGGAUCAAUAUUCAGAGGAAUCUGUACCGUCAAUUUCCCAACUCAAGCCAUGGUCCUAUGCGUUGGAGAAGCCCAACACAGGCAGUGUGUUCAACUUGGCCUGGUCUGCAGACGGCACCCAGCUGGCCGGGGCCUGCGGCAACGGGCAUGUCAUCUUUGCCCAUGUGGUGGAGCAGCAUUGGGAGUGGAAGAAUUUUGUGAUCACCCUUACCAAGAGGAGGACCAUGCAGGUGAGGAAUGUGAUGAACGAUGCAGUGGACGUACUGGAAUUUCGAGAUCGUGUCAUCAAAACCUCUCUGGCAUAUGGUCACCUGGUCGUGGCCACUUCCCUCCAGUGCUAUGUGUACAACUCAAGAAACUGGAACACUCCCCUCAUCUUUGACCUGAAAGAAGGAACAGUGAGCCUCAUCCUGCAAGCAGAGAAACACCUUCUGCUAGUGGAUGGAGCCGGAUUGUAUACCUUCUCCUACGAGGGCCGAUUGAUAUCGUCCCCCAAGUUCCCCGGUAUGAGAGCUGACAUCCUAAAUGCCCAGGGUGUCUCGCUUAGUAACGACACCAUAGGCAUCCGAGACAAGAGUGAUGAAAAAGUCAUCCUUCUCUUUGACGCCCUGAGCGGGAAAGCCCUUGGCGAUGGCAAGCCUUUGACUCACAAGCUGGAGGUGGUGGAAAUAGCUCUGGACCAGUGUGGCCCAUCCUCUGAAAGGAAGAUUGCCCUGAUAGACAAGAACCGUGACCUUUACUUAACCUCUGUGCGUCGUCUUGGGCGAGAAACCAAAAUCUGCAAAAUUGGUAGCAUGGUUCACAGCAUGGCAUGGAGUGAUGCUGCUAACAUCCUGUGUGGAAUCCAAGACAACCAGUUGACAGUGUGGUACUACCCGAGUGUUGUCUUCACCGACAAGGAACUGCUGCCAAAAACACUGUACAUAAAGGAUGGCAGUGAGUUCAGCCACACUCCCCACAUUCUGAGCUAUGUUGGCACCAAGGUGACGUUGCGCCAAGGAGACGGCUCUCUGGUAUACAGUAGUGUCCCUCCCUACCCAGCCCUCCUGCACGAAUACAGCGCCUCCGCACGCUGGGAGGAUGCUCUGCGUAUUUGCCGCUUCGCCAAGGACCAAUCAUUGUGGGCGUGUCUUGCUGGUAUGGCAAUGACGAAUAGGGAGUUGACUACAGCGGAGAUGGCCUAUGCUGCCAUUGGAGAGUUACCCAGGGUGCAGUACAUCAACUUUAUAAAGGAGCAGCCAUCUAAGGAGUCGUCUUUGGCCCACAUGCUGAUGUUCAGUGGUCAGGUCCAGGAGGCUGAGGCCACACUGUUACAAGCUGGUCUCAUCUACCAGGCCAUACGAGUCAGCAUUGACCUUUUCAACUGGGAGAGGGCACUGGAGCUGGCAGUCAAACACAAGACCCAUGUGGACACCGUGCUGGCCUAUAGAGGAAAGUUCCUACAGACAUUUGGCAGGAAGGAGACCAAUAAGAGAUUCCUGCAGUACGCUGAAGGGGUUGAAGUGGACUGGGAGAAAAUCCAGGCGAAGAUAGAGAUGGAGUUGUCUAAAGAGAGAGAGAAAGCUGCUAACGCCUCUGUGAGGAGCAGCGUGGCAUCUCGACGUUAAUGUUCAGAGGACCUUUCUCGAAACAUCCGCUUUGCAGAUAUGGAUUCCUAUGUGUUGUUGACAGUUGGUGAAAAUGAAGUGGUUUGGCUCGGACUCGGUGUAAUAAAAAAUGUACUGAGAUAAAAUGGUUACCACAAGUACAUUAACUUCCGGUAAAGACAAAAGGGAAUAUGUGAAGAUUAGUUGGCCAUGAAGAAUCUAGACUCUGACUCUUUGUACACGACUUGUGUUAAUGUGGGUGGAUGAUUUGGCUUUUGAUAAGAGUAUCUAUAGUUCUCAGCUGCAACACCAUUAGAGCCUUCCUGUCAAAUCUCAGUGUGUUUCAUAGUUGAUUGUUAAAAUGAACUGGAUAUGCUCAGUCAUGCACAAAUGUAUUGCUUUGUUUUCUGCCAGUGAUGUUUGACUUUGUGUUUUAUAUGAAUAGAUAUUUUUCACAAUUUAUAUAUUUAAACUUUGCCUCGUGUAAACACUAAAAAAAUAAUGUCAGUUAAUAAAACUGCUGGAAACAC